CUAAAAAAAAACACAACAGCCAACAGCCAAAAAUUCAGGGACAGUUGAACAUUUCCAGGAUAUAAAGAAUAAAUUAUAAAAAAGGAAAACACAAUGAAUCAACAACCAUACGGUCACAUAACCUCCGACUUCAUGGGUACAAAAUUCACCUGGACGAUCGACAAUUUCACUCAUCGUUACACAGCAACUGGUGAAAAAUUCAGCUCCACAGAAUUCUUCACAGGAAAAGAUUACAAAGACGAGUGGUGUUUCGAGAUGUACCCAAAGGGUCAAUGCGAGAGUGACAAGGACUUUGUGUGUCUCUCGCUGAGGCUUCUUCGCACCCCAAAAGAAGAGGUCAGAGUCAACAUAAUGUACUCAAUGGCCAAGCUUGACGAUGAAAAUUCGACAGAGCAUCCUCCCAUCACCCAUCCCGUCUCCCACCAGGUGUUCAUCAAGAACAUGUCCAACAGGCUGACACGUUUCGUCGACUCCAGCGAUAUUCUGAACUACUUGAAGAACGACACUCUGAAGAUAUCGUGUCAGAUCACCUCAUCAGAGACUCGUCCCUCAGCUCAAGUGAUCGAGGCCUCGGGCACCUUUCCUCUUCGACUCUGCGAUCACAUGUGGAUGCUCUUCCAGGAGUCGAAACUCUCGGACGCUGUUGUCAUCGUUGAGGACAAACAGUUUCAUGUUCACAAACUUCUCCUGCAGAUUCGCAGUCCUGUCUUCGCUGCCAUGUUCGAGCACAAUCUCAAGGAGAAUCAGACUAAUGAGAUCAAAAUCGAGGAAAUCAGGCCGGAAGUCGUGAGGAAGAUGCUGCAGUUCAUCUACACCGACAGAAUCGACAAUUUCGAAGACAUCGUGAGGGAUCUCUUGGUCGCUGCGGAUAGGUACUCUCUCGAUGGCUUGACCGCUCUUUGCGAGAGGGUUCUCUGUGAGCAGGUCACUGUCUCCAAUGCAGUGGCUACUUUGAUCCUCGCUGAGAGCUACAACUCUGCGAAUGUCAAAAGGCAUGUGGCGAGGUUUAUAAAUGGGAAUCUGCCGGAGAUUGUGAAUACGGGAGAGUAUAAGGAGAUGGAGGAGAGCAGACCGGCUUUGGUUUCUUAUCUGGUUCGUGAGAUGGCGACGAAUAUGAUUAAGAAUUGACGGCUGGGUUCAAUUUAUUGACUAAUUUUGAGGGUAAUUAGAGGGUGAUAUGGUGGAGGAGGUUUUUUAUGGUGAGGAGAUUACUUUGGGUUCAAAAGGGGGUGAGCAUUUGGAUCAUCAAAAUGAAUUAAUUCACUUAAUUCAAGAUUUUUUGUGAUUAAUGACAAGUUCACGAGUUGGAAAAAGGAGUUCGAUUAUAAAGAGAAUAUUUUUUUCAUUAAGAAGUUAGAAAAAUCAACUAUUGAAAUUAAUUAAUUCAGUCGAUUGUUUUUCAUGAUUAAUUAGAGAUUGAUAAGCUGGAGAAACGACUUUGGUGAUGAGAAAAUUACUUCAUCAUUGAAGAGUGAAGAAUUUAAAUGAUUAAAAUCAUUUAUUCAUUUGAUUCAGGAUUUUUUGUGAUUAAUGAAAGGUCCGUGAGUUGAAGAAAGGACUUCGAUUAUAAAGAGAAUAUUUUUUUCACCAAGAAGUUAGAAAAAUCAACUACUGGAAUUAAUUAAUUCAAUCCAUUGAUUGUUUUUGAUAAUUAAUUAAUGAUAAUAAGUUGGACAAAAGACUAUACUGAUGAGGAGAUUACUCAGUAAUGAAAACCAAGGAAGUCCAACAAUCAAAAUGAAUUAAUUCAUUCUGAAAAGUGAAGAAUUUAAAUGAUUAAAAUCAUUAAUUUACGUGAUUGAGGAUUUUUGUGAUUAAUGAAAGGUUUAGGAUAAAUGAAAAAAAGUUGGAGAAAGAUGUUUGAUUACAAAAAGAAUAUUUUUUUCCAUCAUGAAGUCAAAAAUUUCGAAUAUCCAAAUCAGCUAAUUCACGCAAUUGAUUGUUUUUGAUAAUUUAUUAGAGAUUGUUAAAUUAGAGAAAGAACUUUGAUGAUGAGGGGAUUACUGUUAUAAAUUAACAGGAGAUUUCAAUUAUCAAAAGGGAUUAAUUCCAGUAGUUAAUGAUACCUGAUUAUCGCUUUGAAGUUCAUAAGUUCCAAAAAAUACUUUAAUCAUAAAUUACUUGAUUACGACAUUAUUAAAAUUAAUCAAUUUAAACGAUUAAAACAAAUUAAUUCAAUCGUUUAAUGUUUUCGCAUCAUUAAUUAGAUGUUGAUAAUGUGAAAGAAAGACUUUUGGGCUGAGAAUAUUACUUCGUGAUUGAAGAAUAAAGACUUGAAAUUAUUAAAAUAAUCAGUUCAAUUGAUUGAGUGAUUAAAUCAUUAAUCAGAGACUGAGAACCUAAAGAAAGACUUCAAGACUUGAGAAAUUAUUUUCUGGGAGAUUACUUUAACAGAUAUUUCGACGUUAUUUAUUGCUUUCUAAUAAGCAAUUAUUUCAUGACAGUUCUGAUAAUUACAUCUUCACGUCAAUCAGUAUUAUGAUCUACAGUUGUUUUUAAGAUGCAUUGUCUUUGCCUGUAACUUUAUUUUUUGGAAAAUUAUUAGAUUUUAGGAAAUUAUCGUAUUAGUCUCCUACGUGUUAUACUAGUUCAGUAGAUAAGUGGGAAAUCGUAAUAAGUCCCUUUCAAUGUUGAUGGUAAUUGUUCAUUGAUUUUAUGAAUUCAAUAAA